AUGUUGCUCAAUACCCCGCAGAGCUUGGCGCUUCUCCUCAACGAAUGUGAUUCCAUCACUGAUUCAGAAGGCAGUCAGAGCCCAAGAACCAGACUUGGAUCCAAAGCCGCACUUUUUUCAGCCCCACUGGAGCCUUCACUUUUGCGUACCACCACAGUCGAGUCAAUCAUCCAGCGCAACCCCUACCGACACGCAAAGGUUGAGCUUGGCUUAUACCUUCUGCUUGACUCGGACCCAAUGCUUGACGGCGAUCUACCUUCUGCAGGACACCAAUCCUCUUCCUCAACUGGAAACUACUGGCUCGAUUGCGCGGAAUCAGAAACAUCAAUCUCAUUCAAUGAUCCCAAUGAAAUACCUUCCCACCUUUACAACCCUCCGCGUCUACCCAUGAUGCAAUUGCUCAAGAACUGGUGGCGAUACCGUUAA